AAAGAAAGAAAGCCGUUCAACUGCGGAAGUUUCCCUCUUUCUUCUAUUUCACUGGCCACCCUCUCUAGCUGCUACUUACUUGUCUGUCUUCCCACCAAAUCAACUCCUCUGUCACUGAUCACAGGAUUUCACGUGUCUUCGUUUCCUGCUCCGCCAGCCAUUCAAUUGCAGGUUGUGAUUGCUGCGAUUGGAGGAGGAGAGGACAGAAUUGAUUGUGGAUGCUAAGACGAAAAAGAAGCAGCCACUAUGAUUGUGAUCAUCAUUGUCAUAACUAUUUUUGGGAUGAUUUUUUCUGCUCUGGUCGGCUACUAUGUUUGUCAAUUGAGGAAGGCGGCGGUUAAAGCUCGCCUGCAAAACAGAUCCUUUCGCGAUUCUAUUGAAGGUGGUCAGAGUGAUGACUUUGAAUCACGUCUGUUCGAUCUCAGCACCAUUAUUUCAGCUACCCAGAAAUUCUCUUCUGAAAAUAAAAUAGGACAAGGAGGUUUUGGCCAUGUUUACAAGGGUGAAUUGCCUGAUGGAAAAGAAAUAGCAGUCAAAAGACUCUCACAAGGUUCGGGACAAGGACUUGAGGAGUUCAAGAACGAAGUGGUUUUGAUUGCUAAACUUCAACACCGCAAUCUUGUUAGCCUUCUUGGAUGCUGCAUUCAAGAAGAGGAAAGGAUGUUAGUUUAUGAGUAUCUUCCCAAUAGAAGUUUAGACAACUUCAUUUUUGAUCAAACCAAAAAAAAACUUCUGUCAUGGAAGCAACGGUUGGAUAUCAUAAUUGGUAUCGCUCGAGGAUUGGUUUAUCUUCACGAGGAUUCCAAACUGAGAAUCAUUCAUAGGGAUCUCAAAGCAAGCAAUAUUUUGCUAGAUAAUCAAAUGAGCCCAAAAAUCUCAGACUUUGGGAUUGCUAGAAUUUUCGGAGUGGAGCAGACAGAGGAAAUGACAAAAAGAGUCAUGGGAACUUAUGGUUACAUGUCUCCUGAAUAUGCCAUGAGUGGUCAUUUCUCGGUCAAGUCAGAUGUGUUCAGUUUUGGUGUUCUAAUGUUAGAGAUAAUCAGCGGGAAGAAGAAUUGGGGCUUCAAUCACCCUGAUCACGAUCUGAAUUUGAUUGGGCAUACUUGGAAACAAUGGAAUGAAGAAAAGGCAUUUGAAUUGGUGGAUAAAGAAGUAGUGGAGGCAUUUUCAGAGCCUGAUGUGAUUAAGUGUAUUCAAGUAGGACUUUUAUGUGUACAGCAACGGCCUGAGGAUAGACCAACGAUGUCGUCUGUGGUCUUCAUGCUGAGUAACGAAAACGCGAUGAUUGCACAUCCUAAAGAACCUGGAUUUUGUGUUGAAACUUUCUCCAUAAAGAUUGACUCAUCCCCAACCGGACAAACAUCAAGCACUUCCAACCAGGUUACCAUCACUGCCUUAGCUGGGAGAUAGCAAAUGACCCAAAUUGUUGUUUUUGUUUAGUUGUGUUGUUCAUACAUAGCAGAUUGUUCUUUGGCUUUGUUGGUCGGUAUCAAAUUAAUCAAUGGAAAUGGUCACAAAUUAAGUGUAUUA